ACCGGUCAGUGGCAGGUAUCAUUUUUUAAAAUUAAAUGCAGAAAGCCGCUAUCCCUCUUUUACUGCCAUGAUGGAAGAGAAUAAGUGUGGCUUUUGCCAUACUGGAGAGGAACACGAGUCUGUUUGUGGUUCCUUGCAUAAAGAUAAGAUAGAUGGAAAGGUUGUGUGUGCUCAUCACAAGUGUAUGCAAUAUUCAGCAUGUUUGGUCCAGUAUAAGACAGACAGUUUUGGUGGCUUUAAGAAACAGGAAGUGAUAAAGGAAAUCAAGAGAGGAAGUAGACUGAUUUGUGCAAUAUGUAAGGCAGACAAGGGUAAAAAACACAAAAAGGGUGCCACAUCUGGUUGUGCUUGGGCAUCAUGUAGGAAGACUUUCCACUAUCUGUGUGUCUCAAUGAACCCAAGAACUGUGGCCAAGCGAUACAGAGUAGCAGCAGGGGAUAAAGUUGUCAUUUUGUACAGAGUUUUCUGCUGCCAAGAUCAUGAAAACAGAUACAGAGAAAAUCUGAGUGCUGAUGACAUUGUGGGUAAGAAUGAGUCUAGCGAUGAAGGUGGAGACUCCGAUGAUGAGGAGGACAACAGUGAUACAGACAGCGAACCACCUGCCAAGGUACCCAAAGUUUCCUACUCACAGCUAAAGGAUAAACCAGUUAAGAAAGAGGAGGGAGAGUCGGGAAUGUCAAGUCCUGGUAUGACGUCAGAAGAGGUGCUGUCGGAGACACAGAGACAGUUGAAAAUUCUUCAGAAGAAGAACAGUACAUUAGAUACGAAGGAAAAUGGGAAUGAUGACAGUUUUUUGACAGCAACACCUGGCCAUGAUUCUGGUGGUGAUGUCACUGACGAUUUCAACACAAGUAAUAGUCCUCUGGGGUCAGAAAUGUCGGAGAAUGGGCAUUUGAUUAGAAAUAUUGAUGAAGGAUUUCAUAUUAUCAUUCCCAGCAAAUUAGAAGUGGCAGAUUUAAAAACCAUAUGCAGACAGGCCGGGUAUUCAGAAGAGACUUGUCUCCUUUGGCCCAAAGGUUAUAAUAAGCAAGGACUGCAAGAUAAACACAUGCCCUAUAUCAUGUGGAACUUAACCAGUAAACUUAGCAAAAAGGACACAGAGGGAUUUGUAAAAUCACUAACUUCUGUCUCAGUAGAACAGUAUGAAAGUUUAUGCCGUAUAAAUGAGUCAGCUGAAAACAUGGAAUUGCCAUUGAAGAAACUCUCGGAUAAAAUUAAUUCUAAAUAUAGAUCAGAUGUGUCGUGUGUGUUAAGUAUAGAUGAAGAUAACUUUUACAUUCUGCUUCUGUCUCUUCCUAAAUGUGUGCUUGAAGUUUGCGAUGUAUGGUCCAUAGUGAACUUGUACCAAUGGACCAAAUAUACAGUCAUGCCCUCCUAUACAACCAAGCAGCUUCGGCCUUCCUUGGAGAAAAAAAUCAUGUUGAACUGGCUCUUGCCAAAGUUACAUAACAAAAGUGUGGAAUUGAAUGUCUUUCCUCAGGAAGAGACAUUACGUAUAGAUCAAGGACCAAAGUUUCUCUGUGUUGCACGUGAGAUUGAAUUUCAGCUUGAAACUAUCUCUCAGAAUAUACUCUCUACGAGUUUGGUUAAGGUCAUGAUUCUACGCAAAGUUGACAGAGAGGUCGUCAAUUUUAAAAAUUAUCUACGCAAGUUGGUACAACAAUUCAUCCGUAACAAUGCAGAACACGAAUGUUACUGUGUAAUACAUGUGAUGCCCUCUGAUGGUAUACAUAUGUUGGAGGAUGUGUUGCCGCUGAGGACCAAGAUGGUGUGCGGCCAGGAUGUGCGGGUGUUCAGUGCCUUCAACCCCAGUAAUGCUCCAGUAUCUUGUCUUGUACUUUACACUGCCAACACAGAGCUUUCUGCAGGUACUGGUAAUACAGAGUUGGGAGUUGAAGAGAUUCGAUCACCAGGUGCAGAAGACUUAUAUUUUGACGUUGAUGAGACUCCAACAAAUAUCUGACUUGUAAUGGAACUGUUUCUAGUGUGUUGACAUUUUGUAAAGAUCUUCAGUUUGGCAUGAUACUGUAUUCUAGUUGACUGGAUAAAAGUGUUGGCAAAACUUAUUUCUGGACAACACAUUUUUAGGGGGAAAUGUUUUGAAGUUAAACAGAAAAUAGAAUUGUUUUUUUAUGAUAUGAUGUAGGGAAAAAUGUUUUUGAACUGAAGUUAAUAAAAAGUCUUGAUGCAUAAUUUUAUAAAAUAUUGUAGCUGUUGUAAUGCAGGUUGACUGACAGCUGUAGUUAGAGAUACAUAUAGUAACCAAUAAACACUCCUUGAUUAAGUAAAACUUUCUGGUCCUACUUAAACUAUGAUAGUUUAAAUGUAUUUGCUAGGUAACAGUUUAGUUUUACUUGCUGUCAGCUGGCUCAUUUUAAUUCUGAUGAAUCUAAGGGACCCAUUGUUAUUAAAGCAAAUGUCCACAUUGAUCUUAGAAAAAUCUCAGCUGUAAGUAUAUACUGUUUGACAUGUGUGAUUCUGGUGAAACUUGGAAUAAUACUGUCAGACAGAUGCGUAGUUUGAUUCCGUUUUUAUAGAAAAGACUGCUGUCAAGCUCUUAAUGUUUUCUUUAUUAUAUUAUAUUACAUUUGAGUAGGUAACUGUUAACACUUACAAUGCUUACAACAAAUUGUGA